CUUAUAACCCAAGUCAUGGUCACUUCCAUAGUUUCGGAUAAACCUCCAUCUAAUUUUGUUUCCUUAAAAUUAUCGGCCUACAUUAGUACAAUCGCCAGCAUAGUUUUCACCUUAUCUCUUGUUCCAGCUUUUGCCUCUCCGGCUUAUUUCGGAGCUCAAGCGAGCAAUGGAACUGCGAAAAGAGAGGAAGCGCAGUUUCUGCUGGAGUGGAAAUCUAGCCUUGACAAUUACAAUCAAGCUGUUUUAUCUUCAUGGCGGGGCCACGACCCUUGCACAUGGAGAGGGAUUGGUUGCGGUAGCUCGGGAAGUGUCUCGGAGCUUAAUAUCUCGAACAUCGGUUUGGGAGGUUCGCUCAGAAAACUUAACUUCACCGCUCCGUUGAAUCUAGUUAGCCUCAAUCUCUCGGUGAACUCGCUCUGUGGUCCCAUUCCUUCGUCUAUCGGUAACCUCUCUAAGUUGUCCACUAUGUCUAUCUUUAACAACUCGCUCUCUAGCACAAUCCCUCUUGAAAUAAGCAAGUUGAGCAGUCUAAGCAUUCUUUACCUUGAUGGGAAUCAUCUCCACGGAACUAUCCCGGAAGAAAUAGGAAUGAUGCACUCUCUUUCAAACCUCUCCUUGUAUGACAAUAAUCUCACGAGUCAGAUUCCUACUUCAAUGCGAAACUUGAGCAUCUUAACAUUUCUUGCCUUGGGCCAAAACAAUCUCAUAGGGUCGGUUCCUCGAGAAAUUUACACCCUAAGUUCUCUUGCCUUCCUUUCUCUCCGAAUAAACAAAUUAACCGAUUCCAUUCCUCUGUCUAUAGGAAAUCCGAGUAAUCUAAACGUCCUUAACUUCCAACAAUACUUUCUUUCUGGUCCAAUUCCCCGGGAAAUAGGAAGGCUGAAACCUCUGUCAAGGCUCACUUUGUCCGGCAAUAAUUUCAGGGGUCCAAUUCCUGUGUCUAUAGGAAACUUGACUUCCCUAGCUUUAUUAGUCCUCGCUCCCAACAAUCUUUCCAACUCCAUUCCUGAAGAAGUUGGAACCUUGAGACAUCUGAAGGAACUUCGCCUGUCACAAAAUAGUCUCAACGGGUCGAUCUCGAGAUCAAUUGGAAAAUUGAUCAACCCGAGUGUACCGAGUUUGCACUACAACCAUCUUUCUGGUUUCAUCCCGGAUGAAAUGAACAAUCUUAGAACUCUAAGACAUUUCUCCAUAGGUGAAAAUAACCUAAUAGGGCGAUUACCGGAUAACAUUUACCUUGAAGGGUUACUCCAAAAUUUUACAGCGCCCAAUAACCACUUCGAUGGUCCUCUUCCUAAGAGCCCGAAGAAUUGCAGUAGCUUAUUGAGGAUUCGACUUGAUGGAAACCAACUCAUGGGAAACCUGACGGAAGAUUUUGGUGCAUAUCCCAACUUGAAGUACAUUGACUUGAGUCAUAACCAAUUCUACGGAGAGCUUUGUUCGAAAUGGGGCUGUUCCCAUAACUUAACAAGCCUAAGAAUCUCCAGUAACAACAUUUCUGGUGGGAUACAUCCCUGGAUUGGGAAUCUGACCCGGUUGAGAGUAUUGGACCUCUCAUCGAACUAUAUUACCGGUCGCCUUCCGAGGGAACCGAGAGGAUUGACUUCACUUCUUGAGCUUGAUCUACGUGAUAACAAAAUCUCUAGUAAUAUCCCUCCCGAGAUUGGUCAUUUUCGCACCGCUAUGAAGCUCAACUUAGGGGGCAACAAGUUUGGUGGCUUGAUCCCGCCUCAAUUAGGACAGUGCAGAAGCUUGUGGAUCUUGAAUUUGAGCAACAACGAAAUUCGAGCCGAUACUCCUACGGAUAUAGGCAAUUUGCAGUUUUUGAGUGAUCUUGAUCUGUCCCAUAACUUCUUGGUAGGAAAAAUACCACAGAGCAUCGGCAAGUUGACAAUUUUGGAAGUGUUGAAUUUAUCCCAAAACAGCCUCUCCGGCUUCAUACCCCAAACUUUCAACAAUAUGUUGGGAUUGGUAUCUCUGAAUAUAUCCCACAACUACUUGGAGGAUCCAAUCCCAAACAUCGAAGCCUUCCGUGAUGCUCCAUACAGCGCAGUAGCAAGCAAUAAAGCCGGGUUGUGUGGUGUCGUGGCUGGUUUGAAGAACUGCUCCGAGAGGGCUUAUAGUGAGAAAGGAAAUAAGUUUAUGAUUCUAGUCAUUCUCUUAAUAGUCAGCUUCAUCCUCCUCACAUCUUUAUUCACCGGAGUGAUUCUUCUAGCUUGCCAAAGGGUCAAAAGCACGGAACAAGACUUAUUGGAAGCACAAGUGCGAGGAGAUGCUUUUGCAAUAUGGGGCUACGACGGAAAAAUGGUGUAUGAAAACAUUAUUAAAGCCACGGAAGGAUUCAAUUCCAAGUACUAUGUGGGAGAGGGAGGAUACGGAGUCAUAUACAAAGCCAAGCUAUCUGCUAAUCAAGCUUUUGCCGUGAAGAAAAUUCAUGCGUCGCAAGAGGAUGACAUUUUCGGGUCAAUGUCACUAGAGUGGGAGGUCAAUGCAUUGGCAAAUAUAUGA